AUUUGUCUUUUUUACCCCCUGAUGUCAUGUCGGCAAGAACGGUCGAAAAAGCAGUAACUGAUUCCACCAGACCAACUUCAAAAGUACUAGAGGCUAGGAAACGUCGCAAGGAAUCACCACCCGCCAUUGCGAACUCUUAUUCGCCAUCGACAAAGCGGCAACGCCAAAGCAAUGUACUAGAAAGCUCGGAUUCUGAACUAAGUUAUCACACGGACAUUAGUGAUAGUGAUUCUGAUAGUGAAGAUGGGGGUCAGAACCAAGGGGAGACAACAGAAAAAGAUAAAAGGGCACAAACGACAUCCGUGGGAACGAACCCUAAACCUAUGCGAAAGCCUCGGUCCAAACGUGGCAAGUACAAACCUCGGCGUGCAAAGGGAUGGGAAUCAUACUUUAAAAGCCGACAACCUACUGUCUCGCAAGAUGGGUGUGUGGUUGUUGAUCAUAAACUUGAAGACACUAGAACAAUUCCAACAGCGCACAGGUGGUGCAGAAUCCUGCGAAAGAAUACUCGUUCAACGAGUGUACAAGCCCAAAGUUCUUUGAAACCCAUCCGGAAAGAUUCUCGUAGAAAGGCAGGUGAAGGGGAAGGCCUUGAUGAGGAUGAUGAUAGUGACGAUGACAAUGAUAAUUAUGGUGAAGAUGAAGAUGACGACGAAGAAGUUUAUGAUAGCAGCGAUUAUAGUGAGUUCGAUGAGGACAACGAAGAGGUUGACAAGAAUAGAAGGAAGCACGAUGGAGAGCAAGAAAUCGAUAGAGCUUUUAUUGGAAACAAAAUUAAUAAGGGUUCUCUCUUGCCUAAAGCAAAGGAAGCGCUGGAUAAUGAGUUGAAAUCAGGGGUGUGGCCAGACUGGUUGCUUGACCCCCCUCCAAUGCAAUACCCAUAUUUGCAACAUGCGUUUCCUUAUGACAAAUACACUCCACCAAGGAACCGAGUUUCAACAUCUUGGCAAGAUCCACAGACGCCAUUGAGCGCAGACUGGUAUGGUUUACAAGGAACUAUCCAUGCAGAAGAUAUUUUUUCACGAGAGAAGCUUGACUACGCGGCAAAAGUGAUCAAGAACAUAGAUGUUGAGAGAGCGAGCCUCCGAAUGGAGAUGUAUUAUCAUAGGGGCUUCGAGCUAGCUUCGAGGAGAUUACUGGACCGAGUUAGACAAAAGAAUCUUGUUCAAGAGAAACCUAAGGUACCGGACGGACUACAAACUUAUAGUAUGAGGCCCACUGGAUUGACAAACGAGUCUCAGCAACACGAGCAAUCCUUCACAGAAUCCUCUCCACAACCAAUCGAGACAGAGCCUCCGUCCGCAGCAACAGCACGUCCACCCACUUUGCUACCUUUAUCCCAGAGGAAUGGAGGCGAUACUCCAGACACUACUAUUUCAUCCACUCCAUCGACUGUUAAUCCAGGCGAGAGCGAAACUAGCGCGAAUGUGGCUGAGACUAUUAAUACUUCUGAUGAGCCUGAGCGCAUGCGUGCAGAUACGCAACCGAAGUUGGAAGAUUACUAUCAGGUUAACACUUUCCUAUCGUCACUUUUCCAGCAAGGAUCAGGCGAGGGAUCUGAUCUCCCUGUGCCGCUCAGCCCAGCUGGUUGUCGCAUUCUCCAAACAAUGCUGACAGGGUUAGAAAACAAAGUGAUGAGGAUGGGCUGCCACUCGCAACGAAUGGAACUCACGAGGCGGCUUGGUCAAAUUGAAUUGUAUUCAGCGGUAGCUGAUGCCGCCAAGAAAGCUGCUGCUAAACAGGCAGGAAAGAGCCAAAUGCAACAAGAGCAACAGGAGUUAUUAACAGGGUCUGUUAUGGAAGAUGCAGAGUCCGUGGCACUGCCGCCUUUAUCUGCUAAAAAUUCAAAGAGGCGAUACUUUAAGCGUAUCUUCAAUAGGCAAGACAUGGAUGAUUACGUGGUCAAGGUUAGCAGGAUGCUCUAUAAAGUCGAUCGGCAAAAGACCGUAUCCGACCAACAAGGACUGUCGGGUUUAUUGUCAUCAUCUGCCUCAAAUCAGAUGCUUGGUCCUACUUCAAUGAAUGAAUCUGUAUCAACAGAGACUGGACCAGAGAACACGUUGAGCAGAGCUGAAUCAACGGCGAAUGACAGCGAAGAUGUUGAGACGUCGGAGAUAGGAGGAUUAUUUACAACGAAACCAUUUGUUUCUAAUCCACUAAAAAUUCCCACAACUAUGGACCCUUUCUACCAGGCGCGUGAAGCCUUGGUUAAACAGAUGGAAAUACUUGCAGAGGAUAAUGAAUCAAUCAUCGAUUCAGAUGGCCUUGAUCUCUCUUAACAGAGCAUUUUAGCUGAUAUCGAUAUCCAUACAGCUUUAGUACCAGUAUCAACAUCAGCAUUAGCAACAACCUUAUCAUCAC